AUGUCAAACGCAUUCCGUCAUGCUCUUGGCCUUCCUCUCAUCAAGAUAGGUGAUCGUCUUCGCAUGUCAAACGCAUUCCAUCAUGCUCUCGGUGGUGGCUGGAAGUUAUUCAUGGGCGCGCCUUGCAUCAACCCUGAACACAUCGUGUUGUGUGGCUGGAAGUUAUUCAUGGGCGCACCUUGCAUCAACCCUGGGCAGAUCAUGUUACCAUUGGCUACUUUUACACCUCCGACGCCAGACUCAUGGGCCCCAUUCGAGUCUACAAUACCAUCGGCACUAUCUUAUGAUGCGGGCCAAUGGCAACCUUCGUGCGCACAAUAUACACAACCUUGGCCGCCCUCAACCCACGCUACCAUGCCUAGUGACGGGCUGUAUCCGCCGUUUUUACAACAGCAUCCACUGGCAUCUGAAGAACCCGACGUCCCGUCAUCACACCAUUCCUCCUCCGAGUCGAGUUCACGAUGUUCCCAGUCAUCCCGACCUGGCACCGGACAUGCUGCAACAAGCUCAGCACACAUGCAUUCACGCAGCCCAACUCAGACUAGCGCAGGUGAUGAACAACUUGAAGCACCUGGGAGUCGCGACGAUCAAAUGGAGUUUGACUUGCCAGAGUCAAAUGGACGUGGGUAUGGCUUUCAUGAUGAUGCUGCCAAUGAGGCAGGUAUGAACAGCUCAGAUCAACGCCCUUCAAGUGGUGCUGGUUCCAUUGGCCAGGCGAGUCGAGAUGGUAGUGUUCCUCUUCAAGUUCCUGGUGUUACCAGAACAUAUCAUCCUAAUAUCAAUGGGAGAAUUUGCGACGAACACGGAGAUGACAUACCACCGAAUACUCCGCCACCUCCGCGUCCAUCAAAUCGUGGACCAGACAACUGGACACCAUAUGCUAAUCGAGUCGAAUUCGAAGUCGCAGACUUCCUCUACCGUCGCAACCAGAUGUCGGGGGGCGAUAUUGACUUUAUAUUCAACCUGUGGGCCGCCUCAUUAGCGGCUCAUGGCGAAACACCGCCCUUCACAAACCACGUUGAGAUGUACAACGUCAUUGAUUCGACGCCUCUAGGUGACGUCGCCUGGCAGAGUUUUAGCUCUGAAUAUAAUGGUGCUCUACCUGAAGAUCCUCGGAUCCUCGUGCACAACAUUCUCUCCAACCCAGACUUCGAAGGCGAAUUCGACUACGCUCCGCUACAGGAGUAUGAUACCAGCAACGGAGCACAUCGCUUUCAGGACUUUAUGUCCGGUGAUUGGUGUUGGAAGCAGGCCGAUUUGAUUGCCGAGGAUCCCAAUACAAUUGGAUCUAUGUUCGUUCCAAUAAUCCUUGGCAGCGACAAGACUACUGUCUCCGUCGCUACUGGACACAACCAGUACUGGCCGGUUUAUAUGUCGAUCGGCAACAUCCGCAACAACGUGCGACGUGCACACCGCAACGGUGUUGUAUUGCUGGGCUUCCUAGCCAUCCCGACAACUGACAAGGAGUCCGCCAAAGACGCACACUUUCGAAAAUUCCGCCGUCAGCUUCUCCACUCAUCGCUGGCGAAGAUGCUGGAAUCCCUCAAACCAGGUAUGACAACACCCGAGGUUGUACGCUCCCCCGAUGGUCAUUUUCGACGUGCGGUGUAUGGCCUUGGACCAUAUAUUGCCGAUUAUCCCGAGCAAGCAUUGCUCGCUUGCAUC